AUGCCGAAGCGAAACGCACCCUAUGGCGGGUAUGGAGGAGGGGCUCCCAAAAAGAGAAAGGGUCCAAAGAAUUGCUAUGGGGUCAGGACUGGGAGAAAGCCUGGUAUCUACGAUACCUGGGCCGAAUGCGAAGAACAAGUAAAAGGCUUUCCAGGGGCAGUUUAUUGGAUGCGUAGCAUGAUGCAUCCAUCAACCAGUGUCCCUACGGCGAGCAUCCCUACUGCCCGAAUCCCUUCGGUCAGCGCUGCCCAGGCCAGCGUCCCUAAAGUCAGCGCGUCUGGGAAAUACUACGCUGUCGCAGUUGGCAGCAAGCCGGGCAUCUAUGACACCUGGUCCGAGGUCGAACGAUCCAUUAAAGGUGUACCUGGAGCCCGACACAAGAAGUUCAACACGUGGGAAGAUGCGAAGGAUUUCAUUAUAAAAAAUGGAACACCGGAAACAUGCCAGGCUCUUGGGAUAGCAUCCGCUUCAGGGCAACAAGCACAGCAAGCACACUAUCAACCACCGCAAGCACACUAUCAACCGCAACAAGCACAACAUCAACCACAGAAAACACAAUACGAAAGUGCAGCAGAACAAGAACAACCGGCGCAGGAAGCAAUCAGGAUUUACACAGAUGGCAGCAGUCUUGGAAAUGGAAAGCCUGGCUGCAGUGCUGGCCUUGGUGUCUUCUUUGGCACUGGCGAUAUGCGUAACCUCUCCGAGAGACUCCCCGGCCUGCCUCAGACGAACCAGCGAGCUGAACUACUAGCUAUACUAAGGGCAAUGGAGAUGGUACCUCUAAAUCAGGUAAUAGAGAUCUGGACCGAUAGUAAGUACUCUAUCAAUUGUGUAACAGAGUGGCAUACAAACUGGGAGAAGAGGGGUUGGAGGACUGCUCAAGGAAAGCCUGUCAUGAACCUCGACAUCAUACGCGACAUAUUAGCCAAGAAGAGAGAGAGAGAAGCUGCCGGGGCGGUCACAAAGUUCCAAUGGGUUAAAGGACAUGGAUCAAAUCCGGGCAACAUCGAGGCCGAUCGUCUAGCUAAUGUAGGAUCCCGAAUGCCACGAGUCCAUUAG